GAAACAUUACAACACAAAUAACUGCAUCAAAGCAGCAACUCUCAGCUCUGAACAUUUCCAGGAGUCUCAGGUAGAACAGAAUGAUACGUAAAGGAAAAAGGAAAAGUGCUACUUUUUACUUGGCCACAGCUGUUAUUCUGAUAUGUUAUUUAGCGCAGAUGAUAGACUGUUAUCGAUUGAGGAAAACAGACAGGCAAAAAGAAGCUGAUGCCACUAAAAUGAUAGGUGUCCAAGAGGGGAAAAUUGUGUUCGGGAAAGUGUUUGAGAAAGGAUCAAGCCUUGAGUCUCAAGUCAUAGACCAGACCAAGUCAUCUUCAAAUGCUUCUGUGGAGGAUGAAACUGCUUAUCAAGCAGACUUUACAGGCUGGUCUAAAGGCCAAACACAAGAUGCCAGUUCCAGAGAAUCAUUAUGGAAGCGCAUGGGAUCUUCCCUGCAGUGUGGUGGGGACCAGAUGAAGUUCAGAGCGGUGGGACCAGGAGCAUCACAGUUUAAAGUGGAGCAAGGGAAUGCACCUCCAAUGCCCCUAUCCCAGGUCCCUUCAACUUGUGGCUACAGUAUGCAGAGGAACUCACUUGCACUUGUCAUGUUGGUUCCUUAUGAUGGCUGCAAUAUGGUUCAAGAGGGUGGAAGUUAUGUGCUGCCAAUGCGUUGGCAGGGAAUUCCAGUCUCUCUGAGGUGCCCCAAACCUGCAGCGACUGCUCCUGCAACUGCUGCCACACAACAUCCUUCCCCCCAGGCGCCUCAAGAGCCCCAGGCGCCUCAAGAGCCCCAGGCGCCUCAAGAGCCCCAGGCGCCUCAAGAGCCCCAGGCGCCUCAAGAGCCCCAGGCGCCUCAAGAGCCCAGUCCCCCAUCAUAUUUCUUUCCACCCUACAUGCCUUAUCCUCAGUACCCUUCAGUGGUAGACCCUACAAUGACCAAGAAACCUGAAAUGCCUAAAUUUCCACAAUUUCCCAAUUUCUUCCCUUAUUCCUACUUCUCUCCCCCUCUUCCAGUCACGACAACUGCACCAACUACGCCUAAAUCGACUACCACUGCAAAGCCAGCAGUCGCAGUUCCUCACCAAAUGUACCCUUAUUUCAACCCACCAGUUUUCUUCCCUCCCUUUCAAUGGCCCCUUCCAGGGCCUCUGCCGAUGACUGCCAAACCAGCAAGUACCACCAAACUCACUACUCAAGUGACUGCGGCUAAACCACAGUCACCACAGUUUCCACCACAAAUGUCUGUCUUCCCUCCCUUUCAAUGGCCCUUUCCAGGGCCUCUGCCGACGACUGCCAAACCAGCAAGUACCACCAAACUCACUACUCAAGUGACUGCGGCUAAACCACCGUCACCACAGUUUCCACCACAAAUGUCUGUCUUCCCUCCCUUUCAAUGGCCCUUUCCAGGGCCUCUGCCGACGACUGCCAAACCAGCAAGUACCACCAAACUCACUACUCAAGUGACUGCGGCUAAACCACAGUCACCACAGUUUCCGCCACAAAUGUCUUUCUUUCCUCCCUUUUACCAGCACCUUGUACCCUUUCCACAAGACACAACCCCUGAGCCAGUGACACCAACAUCAACCACAACAACUCAGAAAACUGACCCUCAACCGACACAGGUGCUGCCGCACGAUCACCCACAUGUCCAUGUUCCAUUUCCAUUUAUGCCGUAUCCCCCUCCUCAGUUUGGCCUACUACAACACUGAACAGUUCUAAUAAAUGGUUUGAAUAACCUAA